AUGUUAGUACCACUUUCCGAAAUUAAAAGGAAAAAGGAAACCUUGUUAGCAGCUUUCCGGCUGAAUCAUAAAAAAGUUGUCGCCUCUCUUAAAUCUGGUGCCGGAGAAGACGAGGUGUUUAAACCUAUAUGGGUUAUUUAUGACGCUUUAGCGGCCUUUAUGAUCGACGUGUAUGAGUGCAAGUCGGUACUUGUUACGGCGGACAAAGUCGAUAUAGAAGAAGAAGGUGCUGAUGAAAUCCCGGACAUGCAGCAGUCUACGCAGGGGCAAGAAUCAAGUAUUACGGUGUCUAUCCCAGAUCAAAAACGGUGCAGUACAAAACUGCCUGAACUCGCAGAAACCAAUGCACAAAUAAAAUCAACGCUAUAUACCCUUAAUGACGUAUUAACGGUUAACAGGAAUAGAGGUGGGAAAGUUGAAGAGGACGAUUGUGAUCUCUAUGGUAGGCUUCUGGCCAAAGCGCUGAGAGAAUUUAGCGCCAUCGACAGACUAGAACUGAGAUAUGAAACAGAUGGUUUAAUAAUAAAGUAA